AUACUCAUAAGCAGCAUUCCUUCCAUCUACGACUCAUUGCGUGUCGAGAAAUGUACCUAAUAUGUUUUCAAAAAUUAUCAUUAUCCUAGUGUGUUUCAAAAAUUCAGGUCUCUGUGACUAUCUAGAAUCAGAGGCCAAUUAUCUAAAGCCUAAACUCGACAGAAAUAACAUAGUGAACAAGGGAGUUUGGGUCCGGAAUAAGGCGAAAGAGAAUCUCUUUGAAAAGAGUCCAUUAGGAGACUUCAUCUUCCGCGAAAAUUCAUUGGACGUCGACAAUUUACUGCAAAACAACUUUGAUGCAUUCGGGACGAAUUAUAUGCAGGAUUCUCCGUUCGUUUCUGCGUACGUUAAAAGGAAUAAACGGGAGGUCAGACGUAUACGAGAACAGCGUCCUAGAAAGAGUAUAAUAAAAAACUGCAUCGGUAAGGGAUGUAAGAUGAGCCUAGAUGCCCAAGACCAGGGCUCAGACUUAAUCAAAACUAAGGUCAACGAACUACGAACCACUUCAGUCUUCAACGACUAUCCAUACGAAGUAGCCAUCCUACCGAAUAACAACACAGAAAAUGUUAAAAAGGACAUUCCUAAAAAUGCCAAUUAUAAUUAUACUCGAAGCUACGGAAUCCCACAUACAGAGAGCUUCGCGUUUGAGUCCGACAACGAUACAGCGGCAGUAAGAAAUAUAUCGUCACCUAAACGCAGUAUGAAAUAUGAUUUCGAAACAGAAAUCAUCAAAAAGUUCGAAUUCACUGAAGAUAUUAAUAAGACACAUGCAAAUAAUGAGUUUAAUGAUAGUAAAAUUACUGAUAGGAAUAUAUUUGAUAAAGAGUCUGUUUGGCAUCAAAAUGCACCGAUACCAGAUGUGAAUGUAUACAAGGUUGUGCCUAAAGAGCCUCAGAAGAGCAAGCCUGUGACUGAAAGAGGUCUCAUAAAAGUUAUAUCGAUGCUUACAAAAACGUUUAAGAAGAUUAUGAAACAACACAAUGAAAUAAAAGACAUACAUUCCAGAAUUAACGACAUAAAUGAAGAAUUCAUCAAAAACGCUGCUACAGUUACAGGAAAAUUCCAAGAUUUUGAUCUUAAAUACUUAUAUUUGUUGAAAUUCCAUGAGAAACUGAAGGUAUUUGACGCAAAAUUGGCUUCGAAACAAGAGUAUUUCAAAAACAAAGAACGAGAAAUGGCGAGGAAUUUUAAAGAGUUUGAAAAUCAACAGAAGAAGUUCUUGCAACAGCAACGACAGUUUUACAAUAUACAGAAGUUGAUGCUAGCGCAGAAUGAGAAGAUUAAUCUAAAACAGAAUUUGAUAGCAAAAACACAGAGUGAGAUAUCACACAGACAAAACAACUUCGCAAGGAUACUUAAAAAGGCAAAACAGUUAUACGUUGAAAGUAGAAACCCGACGAUUACUAAACUAAGCUCCAGUUUAACUAAAGUAUCAAGCCAUAAUCAUAAGUCCGAACCAGUCACACAUACCAGUACUGUAACACCAUCAACAGAAUCAGUUAAAAUAAACCUUUUCUCCAUACCAACUUCAAACAAAUUAGAAAACCAAGACGAUCUGAUAAUGAAAGAAAAAGACGACCAAACGAUCGACGAUUUGGUCUACAAAUAUUAUUUCAACAACACUUUCAUUGACAAUUUGAUGAAGAAUAACAUACUAGCCAAUGUUAUGGGUGCUCCAGAUAGCGCCACGCAUCAAAGAAAUGUUAAAAGCAAGAGGAAUGAAUUAGAAACUACUAUAUUAUUGCCAGUUUAUGAAACAAACGAUUCUGAGACUUAUUCCCAUAAGAAUAGGGAAAGGAGAUGGAUCAACCAUCACUCAAGGCAUAGGGGGAAAAGACGUUAUCGAGGCAAAAACGCAGAAGCAAGUAUAGUCAAUGCUACUGAUGCGAAAAUAUUGAGAAAUAAUGUAGUGAACAAUGUGCCACUAGCUGCGGACGCCCCUGUACAGAAAGAGACAAAAGAUAUAAAGAUAGAGAACGAUCCUUUUUUAAUUAUGGCGACGAAUUUCUGCAAUGAAAUUCGUCAAAAUUUGAAUCCGCAAAUGUUGAGGUGGUGCGUCGAGAAAGCUUUGAGGAGGUUGCAGUUUCUUGAUAUAAAAACCCCACCACCACUCUCAACCCCACCACUCUCAACCACUACACCAGAACCACCAAUAACCAUACCAACUGUAACCAAGCUGAACGAACUAGUCACCAGUUAUGCUAAAUUAGCUAUACCAGCUAAACCAGCUAAACGAGCUAAACCAGCUAAUGCUAGAGAUGCUGAUGCAUCCACCACUGUCAAUGUAGUGACUGAACCAUCUUCUGUCAGCACUGUUGAAGAACCUAUUGAAGCUACAGUAUCACCAAGCACAACAUUAGCUUCAGAAAAUAUAACAACAGCUGCUAUUAAUGAAACAGUUAAUAACCAAACUACACUAGAUGUCAACCAUUUUCCAGACAAUGAAGAGUUGGAAUCGAAUUUGAAACAGUAUGAAAUGAAACCAGACUUAGAGGGUAACGUUUACUAUGAAGGCAGCAUCCAUGCCAGUGAGAUAAUGGACAGUGAAAGCCAGGGUAUAGACGAUAUAAUGCCUGGAUUGGACAGUAAUUCCAGGGUAGACAUUGAUCCUUUGGCCUUCGACCUACAGGCCCAGAGAAGGGCUUUUGUAAGAAGAUUGAAUGAAAAAAUAAAAAUGUCGCUGGGAUAAACAAUAAGACAAGUGUAGCCAGAAAACUAAUAAAAGCUUAUUUUAAAAUUUAAAUAUAACUUAGAAUGAUGUCCCAAAGUCGAUUUUGUAAUAACUAUAAUUUUUAUAGAUACUUGAAGUAGUAUUAAGUUAGGAAAAGCUAAUUAGACUUUACAGAAAACCUUUUAUAGAGUAAAAUACAUGAAUGAAAAUUAUUGGUAAGGAAAAGGAAAAAUAUGACCAAAGAAGAGAUAGAUAGAUUGAGUGAGGGGUAGUGUGUAAGAAAAGAGAGUGAGAUGAUGAUGUCUGAUAAGGGAGAAUGAAAGGAAAAAGGGGUAAUAUGAGUAAUUUGAAAGAAAGAAUUGAAAGAAGAUGUGAUGAACGACGAAAAAAAAGUUAAAAAAUUAUAGAAAAUAUUGUAGCGACGCACAUAGGUGAUUGACAACACAAAUCAUCAGAUGACGUCACGUGGAUUAAUUUUAUACGCGAAUAAAUAUGUAUAGAUGAUCCCAACUGUCGGGUAAUAGACCGCCAGGCACUAUCACUUCCCCUAGUUGGAG